GAGCUCUCGGUAGCAACCGGUGGCUGCGAGCGAGCGCGCGCGCUGCCAUUCCAACACAUUUUCUGUGCGUGAAGGAACGAAGCUCACGCGGCGACUUUUAUCCGGAAAACUCCGCCUGCCCUGACGUCGCCAUCAGCAACAGCAUUUAACCCAGGUCGUGACUUCAAACGCAGCACUUGUUCCAGCAGGAAAACGGCGUUGACAGUAGAUAUGCUGGCGGUAGCGCCACGUCAACUAAAACAAACUAAAGCGUGAACAGGACUUUGCCGUGUUAUUAGACUGUUAGUCUGCGUUUUAACACCUGUCACCAUGCUGGACCCGUCCUCUAGCGAAGACACGGGCGGGGAGUCCGACACUGAAGUUACCAGAGAGCCUCCGAGGAAACCGCCCGCCUUCUCAGAGGCAGAAAAGCAGGGAGACAGCGGGCGGGCGGGCGGUCAGCAGCUGCAGUCUGCCGAACCCCCCGGUGAAGGUGCAAAAGACUGCCCCUCUGCGGGUGACGAUGAGGAAAAGAAGGAGCGAGAGCGUCUUCAGAAGGAGGAAAAGGAGAGGAGGACCAAGCUGCAGAUCUAUGUAUUUGUUCUGCAGUGUAUUUCCUAUCCGUUCAACGCCAAGCAGCCCACCGACAUGGCCCGAAGACAGCAGAAGGUCAACAAGCAGCAGCUGCAGACAGUGAAGGAGCGCUUCCUGGCCUUCCUCAAUGGAGAGACUCAGAUUAUCGCUGAUGAAGCUUUCUGCAAUGCUGUGAGAAGCUACUAUGAGGGUUUUCUGAAGAGUGAGAGAGUUUACCGAAUGGUUCAGAGUGGUGGGUGCUCAGCCAAUGACUUCCGCGAGGUUUUUAAGAAAAACAUUGAGCGACGGGUGCGCAGCCUUCCGGAGAUCGAUGGCUUGAGUAAAGAGACUGUGCUGAGCUCCUGGAUUACCAAGUAUGAUACCAUCUACUGUGGGGAGGAAGACAUGCGGCGCCAACCACAGCGGGCACACCUGAGUGCUGUUUCAGAGCUCAUCCUCAGUAAAGAGCAGCUGUACGAAAUGUUCCAGCAGAUACUGGGCAUCCACAAGUUUGAGCACCAGCUGCUAUACAAUGCCUGUCAGCUUGACAAUGUGGAUGAACAAGCUGCUCAGAUCCGCAGAGAGCUGGACGGGAGGCUACAGCUGGCUGAGAAGAUUGCUAGGGAAAAGACGAACCCAAAGUUUGUCUCUACUGACAUGGGGGCUUUGUACAUUGAAGAGUUGCGUUCUUCUGUCAACUUGCUGAUGGCUAACUUGGAGAGUCUGCCAGUGUCCAAAGGAGGUCCAGACUUCAAACAGAAGCUUAAGCGCUCCUCUAUGAACAACUCCUUCUUGGAUAUAGGGGAUGAAGGAGACAUACUGUCCAAAUCUGAUGUUGUGCUGACCUUUAACCUGGAGGUUGUCAUUGUUGAGGUCCAGGGGCUGAAGUCAGUCGCUCCAAACCGAAUUGUUUACUGCACCAUGGAGGUGGAGGGCGGAGAAAAACUUCAGACUGACCAAGCAGAAGCUUCAAGACCACAAUGGGGUACUCAGGGAGACUUCUCUACAACUCAUCCCUUGCCUUUGGUUAAAGUAAAGCUCUUUACAGAAAGUACUGGUGUCUUGGCUCUGGAAGACAAGGAAUUGGGCAGGAUGGUCCUGAUCCCCACCACCAGUGGUCCAAAGCAGGCAGAGUUCCACCGGAUGGUGGUCCCUAAGAACAGCCAGGACACAGAUCUGAGGAUCAAACUGGCCGUCCGCAUGGACAAGCCUCCCAACAUGAAGCAUAGUGGGUACCUGUAUGCUGUAGGACACAGAGUCUGGAAACGCUGGAAAAAAAGAUAUUUUAUUCUUGUUCAGGUGAGUCAGUACACAUUUGCAAUGUGCAGCUACAGAGAGAGGAAAGCUGAGCCUCAGGAACUGAUGCAGCUGGAAGGCUACACUGUGGACUACUGCCAACCUCAGACAGGUCUGCAAGGUGGCCAGGUGUUUUUUAAUGCUGUAAAGGAGGGCGACCUGGUGACGUUCGCCUGUGACGACGAACAGGACAGAGCACUCUGGGUUCAGGCUAUGUACAGAGCCACUGGUCAGUCAUAUAAACCAAUCCAACCAACACACAACAAAGCUGCCAACAGCAAAGGAGGACACGGAGAACCAUCUUCUAUCAGUCUGGAUCCCUGUCAGCGUCAGAGCAUGGAGGAUUUCAUCUCUGCAGCUCCGGGUUGCUUUGACCAUGCUGCUCUGUUCUCCGUUUUACAGAAACACACUCUGCAGCACCGCAUGAACGACUCCUUCUCCUGCCUGGGCUGGUUCAGUCCCGGCCAGGUGUUUGUCCUGGAUGAGUACUGCGCUCGGUACGGGGUUCGAGGCUGCCACCGCCACCUGAGCUACCUGAAGGAUCUCAUGGACUACGCCGAGAACAGCGUGCUGGUUGACCCCAUGCUGCUACAUUACAGCUAUGCUUUCUGUGCCUCACAUAUCCACGGAAACAGGCCUGAUGGGACAGGGACAGUGACUGUGGAGGAGAAGGAGCAGUUUGAGGCCGUCAGACAUCGUCUCAUUGUUCUAUUGGAGAACCAGAUAACACACUUCAGAUACUGCUUUCCCUUUGGACGACCAGAUGGGGCCUUGAAAGCAACAGUUUCGCUUCUGGAACGAGUACUGAUGAAAGACAUCACCACACCUGUUCCUUCAGAGGAAACAAAGAGACGGGUUCAGAAAUGUUUGGAAAAGGCGUCCCAGAUCAACUACAGUCAACUGAUGGACUAUGCUCAGAUCAAUGUGGAUCCAGAAGAAGUACCGGAGAAAAGACUGGAGGAUAUGUUGAGAUUGGGAGAGCUGUGCAUUGAAGUCCUACAACAGAAUGAAGAACAUCACUCGGAGGCUUUCUCAUGGUGGCCAGAGCUGUUGGCAGAGCAUGCUGAGAGCUUCCUGUCUCUGUACAGAGCAGACAUGGAUUCUGCUCUACAGGCACAACCCACCGACUCCUGGAACAGUUUCCCACUAUUCCAACUCCUGAACAACUUCCUUCGAGCAGACUCUCAUCUUUGCAGUGGGCCGUUCCACAAACACCUGCAGGACCUGUUCAUCCCUCUGGUGGUGCGAUACAUUGACCUGAUGGAGACCGCCAUUGCCCAGUCCAUCCACCGUGGCUUUGAGCAGGAGACCUGGCAUUCAGUCAGAUUGUUAACCAGCAAUCUAGCCAGUGUUCCUCUUCCUAGAAUACCCCGGCUUCCCCUCACUUUGCCUCAGAUACCCAGCUUCUCGGUGCCUGCUUGGAUUGGACCGAUCUGUGAGAACACCUUGCAAGGAAUAAAUCUUCCAGAUAUUUUUAAUGGAUCAGCCACCUCUGAGGAUUUGUUCUGGAAGCUGGACGCUCUGCAGAUGUUUGUGAUGGACCUGCACUGGCCAGAACCAGAGUUUGCCAAACAUCUGGAGCAAAGACUCAAACUGAUGGCCAGUGACAUGAUGGUGGCCUGUGUCAAAAGGACAAAAUCUGCGUUUGAAACCAAAAUGGCGAAAACGAGUCGAUCUACAGAAUUCCGGGUUCCACUCUCUGUCUGCACCAUGUUCAACGUGCUGCUGGAUGCUAAGAAGCAGAGCUCCAAACUCUGUGUGCUGGACUGCAACCAGGAGAUUGACAUACAAUGGCAACAGUACCACUCCAAAAUUGAUGUUCUGAUUGAUGACACGUUCAAAGAAAUGAUCUUCUCCCUCACAUCAAAGUGUACUGCUGUUUUAGAAAGCGUCCUCUCCAAGCUGUCCAGAUACGAUGAAGGAACGUUCUUCUCCUCCAUCCUCUCUUUCACAGUGAAAGCAGCAGCCAAAUAUGUGGAGGUUUCUAAUCCAGGAAUGGAUCUGGCGGAAACCUACAUUAUCUUUGUUCGGCAGAACCAGGACAUCCUUCGAGAUCAUAUCAACGACGAGGUCUGCAUUGAGAAGGUCUUUGAUCAAUGGUACACAAGCUCCAUGAGAACUGUGUGCGUGUGGCUGACUGACAGACUGGACCUGCAGCUCCACAUCUACCAGCUGAAAGUACUCAUCAAGAUUGUGAAGAAGACCUACCGUGACUUCAGGCUGCAGGGUGUGCUGAAUGGCACGCUCAACAACAAGAACUACGAGACCGUCUACAACCGGUUGACAGUGGAGGAGGCCACAGCAGCAGUCAAGGCAGGCAGUGGCCUGCAGGGCAUCAGCAUGAGAGACAGCGAUGAAGAGGACAGCUAAACCCAGACACACCUCCAGAAGCCUCUCUGACAUGUCACUACUUUGUUUUACACUUAGUCGCUCACACCAAACUUGGCAUAUCAGGAAAUACGAGGAAUGAAUUUACAAAAUUAAUCCUGUAAGUGAAAAAGUAUAUGUACUAUUUUAUUUGCCAAUGUGUCAACUUUCUAAUGUUGAUCUGCUUGUUUUGAAUAUUAUUAAGGGAAAAUACUGUAGAUAUUCAUGUAAUUCUUAAAAAUACUUACACUAUGUCAAGACCGUGAACUCUGAAGAGCCCGUUUUCCAUUGAAUAUUUUGACUAACCAAACUUGGCACAGAAAAGAAUUGAAUUUGUGUUUAUUCAUUUUUCCAGUUGUGGCAAUGCUUCUGAUCAGUUUAUUUUAUACUGGUGCAAUCUGUUUAUUUCCCUAAAGAGCUGCCACUUUUGUCAGAAAAAUUCAUCUAGAAUUUGCAUUAAAGAUUGUCCAAUAUUCUUUGCACAUGCUUUUGGUGGCGGUAGUGUGAUGCUGUGGGACAGGAUGUCUAUCACAGGAGAACAAAGGCCCUACAUCGUUGGAGUUAAACUGCAGAGCAAUAUGAGGAUGAGAUUAGCCACCUUUACUAUUAGGGAGUGACCUCUGACCCUCACAGCGACUUCACCAGAGGCAGCCUCUGGACUGUGGGUGUGGAGGCAGUCCUAACCUCAAUCUGAGAUCAGCUUGGGGUUUGUGUCAGAUUGACCAAUACAACCAUGCUGACAGUGAUAAAUGCUUCUGCAGAAUGUCUGUGACCAAGCAGGUGAUUAACCUGAGGUCAGGGUACCAGGCCACUGUACAUUUAUCUCAUGCACUGUUGAUAACCUGUUAGCUAAAGAAAUAAACUGAUAGAUUGACCAAAAAGACUUUUUCACCAAAUGUCAGUCAUCAAGGAUACCAAACAGGAGUUACUAGCAUAAUGAGCUGUUUGGCACUGGCUGAGGCAAGUUUUUCACUAUCCUUGCAGUUCAACCAAUAAAUGAAUUGUCCCCACAAAUGUGUCAUAAUUUAAAGUGAAAUAAACAGUCUUUCCAGAACUAUAAAAUUUAUUACAAAGAAUCAUUGUUAGAACAAAGAAUUGUUUUUGACAAAACAUACAUUUCCUUACUUUUUUGCAAAACAUACUUUCUUUUACUUUUUGGGCUGAACCUAACAAAGUAUGAAGUGCUUAAACUAUUUCAGGUAUUUGUUUAAGUUGCGUUGCUUUCCCCUAAGCUUAAAUAAAUGGGGAGCAAGACUA